GCCAGUCAUGUGCGUGCGCUUGGCAGCAGCCUGGUGCGGUGUGCGCGCUCGGCGGGAGCAGCGGAGAAUGAACCCUCGGUAUCCGGGCCGUGGCAGCGGGGAUGCAGAAAUGAGGAGCUCGGAAGGACAGUGCUGACCCGCCCCGGGGCCUAAGGCACCAACACCGGCCGCUGGCAGUGCAGGAGUUUUCCUUCGCAGUGGAGUGUAUAUGGGGUCGACCUCUACGUGUUUAUUGGUGGCUUUCUUCAUGGAGUACCAGGCUUUUAGGAAUUCUCGUGCUUCUCUCUGCUUUGCCUCUGCCAGGAUUUUGGUGUUGUCCCAGUCGAAUUGGUAGUUCUCCUUAUCCAUGUGGAUAGCAAUGAAGUGAAUGGUCGCCAUCAUCCCCUCUUGGACUGGAGCAGCUACAGAGCGAGUGUGUGCGCAAAAGAGAUGGAGAGAGAGCCAGACAGCUGACAGAGAAAUACAGGUUUGACCUCCUAGGACAUUUCACCUUUGAGCCGGCUGCUCCUGUCACUGGCAACACUGAAAGGGCCAGUCAAAAGAAACUGAUUUACGGAAAAAGAUAUCAAAUUGAGCAAGGGGAGGCACACUCUUUUACAUUCCUCCAGUUUCCCUUCCAGCUCAGAUACUGCACAUUAUUAUCCUCCAACGAGGCAAUAAGUUGCUUAUUAUAUUUCACAAUGCCCCUGGUAUUUGCAAGGCAGCUUCUGAAAAACACCAGAAAAACGAAGCUGAGCUGACAGUGCAGAAGGAGGUGUGGACAGACGGAAGGAUUACAUUCAGCUGACACUUCAAGGUCGAGAGCAGGAGAGACUGCUGGACUGAAUGCCAGAUAGGUAACUUCACAAUGAAGGUGUGCUAAACCAACACGUACUUCCACCAUCACUCAGCUGCAAGUCUUGUGGAUACAUUGGUUCCUGUUCAACUGUUCCUUGAGGGAGGUUGGAACAUGAGGCACCUUAAGUACAAAGGAAAGGCUGAAAAAAGUGUGUUUUCAGUGACAGGUUUACCUCUCGGUGUCAAAUCUCCAAGGCAGUCCCCACCAACAUGCCCAGUCUGCUUGUCGAGAAAAAGAAUAGUUCUGUCAGAUAAUCCGUAGGACCUUCCGUCCUGUUCUGUAUUUUGACCAUUCUAGCCCAUUUAAUGCUCCGACCUGAGCAACAACUGGAAGGCAGCGAAUGGCCUCAUUGGAAACAGGAGGCCAAUGAAGGGCACCUUUCUCCAUGUGCGAGACCUUGACCUCCAGCCAUGAAAGAGUUGCAUUUGUAGGGCAACUUCAGGACAUCAUGGAGAACUUGAUUAGCCAAUGAAGCACUUUUGAAGUGUCAUCACUGUUGUAUCAUAUAGAAACCUGGCUGCCAAUUUGCACACAGCAAGAUCCCGCAAAUAGCAAUACGAUAGUGGCCAGAUAAUGUUUUUUUAAGUGAUAUUGGUCGAGGGAUAGGUAUUGACUGGGACAACUCCCCUGCUCUAUAAAGUAGUGGCCACGGAAUCUCUCGCACCCAUCUGAGAGAGUCUGACUUGUGGGUCCCUUAUUUACAAAACUGUGCGCCCUCUGGCAUCUUGCUGGGAUUUUCAGCUCUGAUUUUUCUUUAUUGUAUCCAAGACCAGGAGUGGGAUUUGAACCCAGAAUCUUUCAUUCAUCUCCACACCCAGAGUGUUACCAUUGAGGCACCGGCCAAGAUCCAGGUGGGAUGUAGACUUGGGAAGGAGACACCAUUCCGAAUGUGGAGAAGUGCCCCUUCCAGACUAUGAGCACAGUUUGCGCCAAUGGUAGCACCAUGGUGAACCAGCGCUAUGCCCAGUGGAGUCGGGAAAACAGCUCAGAGGACAGCACUCGGCCAGAGGUCUUUGAGGAAAAUGGUGGGCAGCCACGUAGGUUGACCCCUCUGGAGAAACUGUCACAGGAGAUGGCGCAUGAUGAGCGGGCGGUCAAGGAGCUGACGCUGGGGAAGCGGAUCGGGUUCUACCGUGUGCGAGGCGAGAUCGGCAGCGGAAACUUCUCUCAGGUCAAGCUUGGCGUCCACUUGCUCACGAGAGAGAAAGUCGCCAUCAAAAUAUUGGACAAGACAAAACUGGGGCAGAAGACCCAGCGCCUGCUGUCACGAGAGAUCUCCAGCAUGGAGCGCCUACACCACCCCAACAUCAUCAGGCUGUACGAAGUGAUUGAGACUCUGUCCAAGCUUCACCUGGUCAUGGAGUAUGCUGGUGGGGGCGAGCUGUUCACCAAAAUCAGUACCGAAGGCAGGCUCUCAGAGGAGGACAGCAAGGUGGUCUUUGCACAGAUUGUCUCAGCAGUUAAACACAUGCACGAGAACAACACGAUUCACCGGGACCUGAAGGCAGAAAACGUUUUCUACGUGACCGGCAGCUUCGUGAAAGUGGGCGACUUCGGCUUCAGCACCACAUGCCGGAGGGAGCAGCUGCUGAGCACCUUCUGCGGUUCGCCGCCCUACGCCGCGCCGGAGCUCUUCCGGGAUGAGAGUUACGUGGGGGUCUUUGUGGACAUCUGGGCAUUGGGGGUCCUGCUGUACUUCAUGGUGGUGGGCACCAUGCCCUUCCGGGCAGACACCGUGGCCAAGCUGAAGAAGUGCAUCCUGGAGGGUGGGUACCAGUUGCCGCUGCACCUGACCGAGCCGUGCCAGAGGCUGAUCCGCGGUAUCCUGAGACCGGCACCUACCGAGCGGCACACCAUGGCUCAGAUUGCCCGCAGCGAGUGGCUGGGGGGUGUCCGGCUGGCGAAAGGCCACGAACCCUUCCGGCUGGACCCCUCCCACCUGGCCGGGCCUACUGAGGUUCUGAAGGGAGACCAGGCCGAGGUGAAGCAGGCAUUGACCCGCCUAGGGGUGACGGACUCCCAUAUCCUGGACAAUGUCGGCAAGGACUCGCGCAGCCCCAUCACGGGCACGUACCGCAUCGUGCUGCACCGGGUGCAGAGGAGGAGGGCCCCUGACACCAUCCCGGCCCUCUCACGGCAGCAGGUUGGAGCCAAGGAGCCAAGGAAAGACGCCAACAAACCCAAUGGUGCGGCGCGGCAGACCUCCAAGUUGUGUUUGAUUUUGUAAGACGAACCAGAAGGGGCCAGGUCUCACCAGUUUUAUCGAGAAGGAAACAUGACUUUCUAUUUUGUAACAAGCUGUAACUGUCUCUUGCUGAUAAAUUGGCGCCCAGUGGGCUUGUGUUUGUGUGUUAAAUAUACCACAGUUUCGGUGGUGUGCAGAGGAAAGCUGAUAGCUUGGACUGCAAGGUUGGAUUUGGAUCUAAGCACCUCCGUACCACAACAAACCACCAGCGAAAACUGCCCCCACAACUGAAUCUUUGUCAUUCGACCAAAACUUCCAUUUUUACAUUCUUGUCCUUGGGUUCAGAUUCCUCCACAGCCUUUCUGUAUUCCCACCUCUGUUCUGACAACUGUUCCAAAUCUCAGGGCUCCUUCUGCAUCAGCUCCUUGUGUAUCUUCCACUCCAUCCUCCCCAGAGUCAUGCAAUGUACAGUCAUAGCUUCACUGAAUGACCAAAUAACAUUGUGAGGGCUGAUUGGCCUCCUCAACUUGGUCUUGUGAUUCUUGUGGAUCAAUGUACUGUUCUGGCACUGAGCUCAACAGCUUCCCCUCGAAACAUCUCUCUCCCUUUCUGGCUCCCUCACCUCCCCUUUAAGCCUCUGCUUCCGAAACAAUAGACUUCCCAUAGAGGGACUGCAGCGAAGGUCCACUGGACUGAUACGAGAGGUAUUGUCCCAUGGUUCUCUUGGGCCUGUAUUCACGAGAGUUUAGAAGGAUGAGAGGGGAUCUGAUUAAAAUGUAAAAAAUUCUAACACAGCUGGAUACCACGAGAUGCAGGGAUGGUGUUUCCCUCCACUGGGGAGUCUACGUCCAUUGGGGAUAAGUGCCAGGAUACAGCAUAGACAAUUGUGGACCGAGAUGAUGAAAAAUGUUUCAAUUCAAAGUAAACCUGUGGAAUUAUCUACCACAGAAGGCUAUAGAGGCCAAGUCACUAAAUACAUUCAAGAAAAAGACAGAUAUAUUUUUAAGAGGGAGAAAGUGGGAUUAUGGCAUUGAAAUCAUAUUGAAUGUUGGAGCAGCCUUGGAGGACUGAAUGGCUUACUCCUGCUUCAAGUUUCUAUAAAUGUUUCUCCAAUUAAAUUCAUUUGUAGGCCAUCUGUCGAAAUGUGGGAACAGGUUAGUCGGAGGAAAUGGUGCAGCAUGAGUUGUGUGUGUGUUGGUGGGGUUGCUGGUGGAAAUCGAAUUCUCAGUCAUCAGGGAGCCACAAAAUCCCCAUAUUUCAACACAGAACUGGGAAGGUCACACUGGUGUAGCCAAAUGCAAAUGGGGCUAAGGCUCAAGAGUACAGUUGUGGUUAGGAAGCUGACCUGUCCCACCACGAGAAUUAAAUCAUGACCAAUCUGAAUUUAACUCUAUUAUCCCUUCAUACCCUCACCCAACAAAAAUCCUUCAACAUGGACAGCUGUUCUUGCCGCAUCCUAGGAAAAAGUUCAGAGGAAGGGCACCGACUCGAAAUGUUAACUCUGUUUUUUCCUUCACAGAUGCUGCCAGACCUGCUGAGCUUUUCCAGCAACGUCUGGUUUUGUUCCUGAUUUACAGCAUCCGCAGUUCUUUCGGUUUCUAAAAACCCUUCAAUAUUAGUCUUGAAAGCUCCAAUUGGUCCACAGCAUCAAAAGCUCUGGGCACAGAGACAGCGUUCCAGAUUUCCACUGGACUUAGUGCAAGUACUUCCCAACAUCACUGUUUGUCAAAUCCUGCACCUAAUUAUUUUGUCCUUUCUUUUCCCUCUAUUUAAAGGGCAGUGAUGGCCUGGUGUUAAUGCUCAACUGUUAAUUCAGGUGAUGUUCUGGGACCCAGGUUCAAAUCUCACCACGGCUGAUGGUGCAAUUUGAAUUCAAUAAAAAUCUGGAAUUAAAAGUCUAAUGAUGACAAUGAAACCAUUGUCAACUGGUGGAAAAUAAUCCCGUCUGGUUCAUUAAUGCCCAUUUAAGGAAGAAAACUGCCAUCCUGACCUGGUCUGGCCUACAUGUGACUCCAAACCCACUGGUUGUUAACUGUCAUCUGGCCAAUUAGGGAUGGGCAAUGAAUGCUGACCCAGCCAGUAACAACACAUCCUAUGAAUGAAUGAUUUAAAAAAAAUUGCAGAGAUGCUAUUACUCACUUCUGAACUUUCUUUUUAAACCACCACCAAAUCAACCAUAUUACUAAUUAAAAGACAAAUUAUCAAGUAUUACCCACCAGCAGCAGUCCAUUCUUGUAUUCUUAAGUAAAUGACCCAGCUUUAAUUUUCAGAUUAUGCCCCAAUGUCUGAGACUCUGCCACAACAGCAAACUGAUCCUGACUACUCUAUUCAUCCUGUUAAGGAUUUUCUGAGAGUGGGACUGAACCACUUUGAUUCCUUUCCCAGGUGACGGGUCUGGAUUGUGUGUUUGGUCUAUUGCUUUCAGUGGACACUGGGUGCCUGAUUGAGAAACUUGCUCCACUCCCUGGCAAUAACAUAAAUGCUGUCUGCGUCAAAGUGAGGAAUGAGUUGGAAUGAGUUACCAUCCCACAAACAGUCACACUGCCCUUCAUAACCUAUCUCCCUCCCCAAUCUGACCAUGGACACCCCAGAACUUUACUCAGCUUAUCAACAGAUAAAUGUUACAAAGUUCAUAACAACCGAACAGCCUGCACAAAACUAUUUACUUUGUAAUUCACUUACCAUGACCUCAAAGCUGUCAGCAUGAUGAAAUGUAGGUGAAAGGUCUUGCUAGAUCAGAGUUUAUUUUAAUAUUCAUUCCCAGGACAGAGACUUCAAUGACAAGGCCAACAUUUAUUGCAUACCACUUGUCUUGAGAAUGCUUGACACACACACUGUCAAACAUAGAACUAGUUCAGAUGGCAAUUAGACAUUUCAGGACAAUUAUGGGAUAUAGGAUAAAGGUCCCAGGUCAGUCCAAGGUUGACAAGUUUCUUUCUUUGGAGGGUUUUUAAAAAUUCAUUUAAUUGGGUGUUGCUCGCUAGGCCAGCAUUUAUUGCCUGUUUCUAGUUGCCCUUGAGAAGGUGGUGUUUAGCUGCAUUUUUUAACUGCUCCAGUCCUUGAUCUGCAGGUAGAUCCACAAUACCAUUAGGGGUGCAAUUCCAGGAUUUUGACCCAGUGACAGUGAAGGAAUGGUGAUAUAUUUCCAAGUCAGGAUGGUGAGUGACGUGGAGGGGAAUUUAGAGGAAGUGGUGUUCCCAUGUAUCUGCUCUCUUUGUCCUUCAAUGUUGGAGAGUUUGGAAGGUGCCGUCAAAUACAUCUGAGACUUUAAUCAUAAGAAAAUUAACACAAUCUUCAGCUGUCAACUGUUUUUAAGUGUAUUUUAACUGUAAAAUCUUGCUCAAAAUUAAUUUUUGGGAUGUGGGAGCCUCUGGCCGAGGCUGACAUACAGUCAUAAUCGCACUGCACUGAGGGAGGCCAUUCAGCUUGGUAAGUACGUGCUGGCUCUUUGAGAGCUCCUGAAAGCAGUCCCCGACCCUAGCUUUUUCACUCAUAAUCCUGCAGAUCAAUCCUCCUCAAGUACAGGUCCAAUUGCCUUUUCAAUGUGCCUAUGGAAUGUGAUUUUUGUUGUUCUUUCAGAUAACAUGUUUCAGAUCUUCACCAUUCUCUGUGUGAAAAAUCUUAUUUCCUUUUCCGAUCUCCUGUGAAACGAUUUAUGCCUGAGACUCUUGGUUACCAAUCCUUUUGUCUCUGCCGUAUGUCCUCUGAAUUUGGCUAUUAUCAGAGUCACAUUUUUGUUGACAAGUUUUGCAUGAUCCGCCAACUUCAAAUUGUGUUCCACAUACUCAGGUCACUUGAAGGUGAUGGUUGUAUUACUGAGCAGGAGAAGAACCUACAACACUUCACUCCAGAGACACAUUAUUCACUACAGCUCUGUCUGCCAUUGCUGUCUCUUUGAACCCAUGUGCUUCAGUUUUCAGAAUCGGCCUGUUAUGUGGUGAACUGCUGUCCUUAAAAAAUGCAUCUAAAUUCGUUAUUGUUAUCUUCAUCAGCAUCUGUUCUAUUAUUUUAUCAAAGAACUCAGUAAGAACAGUCACAAUUAGCCUUCAGCAAACCUUUGUUGCGUGCCCUUUACUAAUCCCUGCUUCUUCCAGUAAGAAUUCAUUUUGUCUUGAUGGCAAUCUCUAGUAGUUUUCCCAUCACUGAUGCUACACUAACUUUUGCAACACAGUUUACUACUUACUUUUCUGAACCAUACAACAGUAGUUUCAGAGAUCUAACAGCACAGAAAAAGGCCCUUUAGCCCAUCAAGUCUGGUCAACAAUCUUCCAUUUCAGUUCCCAUUUCUAAGGAGAUUCUUCCUGAACAAUUAGUCUGUGAUGACGGUACUUAUAAUGGUUGGACAGGGAGACCCAGGAUUUUGACCCACUGACAACUGACGGACAUAAUCUAAUUGCUAGUCUGUGGGUGCUGGCCAUUCUCAUGCUUCCUCAUUGGCCUUGUGUUAAAACCUGGAUCAUUGAUCCUGACUUUACCUUUGCUCAGUAUUGUCAAUGUAGUGAUUUUUGGUUGGGAGUCAGCAGUCGGUGCUUUCUGAGGUUUUGCUCUUGCGCUCGCACAAUCCACAGGACCCUACAGCCAGUCACUGAAUUGAUCUUCCCUGCCAGAUGGAUGUCACCUGGGGAGUGGCUACACAAUAGUGGUCAACAACCAAACACUUCUCACACACAGAUGGAAGUGAAACAUCAGAAUCCUUUCCUCCCCCCCACUCCAUCUACUGUUCAGUCUUUCCAAAUACUAGCACUAUGAUACCAAAAGGCUUACCUGCAGCAUAUGGACUGCGGUGCUUCAAGAAGGCAGUUCACCAUCACAGUCUAAGGGGCAAUGAGGAUAGGAAAUAAGUGCUGGUCCAGUGAGGGACACCCACAUCCCAUAUCAAGUAUCUUUUUCAAAACAUUCUGUUAAGGCCACAUCAAAGGAAUAAACGCUCUUGAUGUGUAUCGGGGGUAUAACAUGUUGACAUAGAUAGAGGAUUAGCUGGCUAACAGGAAACAGAGCAGGGACAAAGGGUAAUUUCUAAGUGGCAAGGUAUAAGACAUGGUCUGCCACAGGGUUUGGAUUUAAAUAAAUGACUUGGUUUGAUUUAUUAUUGCCACACAUACUGAGAUACAGUGGAGGAGAUGAAGGGAUUGAAGGUUUAGUGACCAAGUUUGCUGAUGACACAAAGGUAGGUAGGAAAGUGAGUUGCGAAGAGUGUAGAAGGAGCCUACGAAUGGAUGUAGCUAGGUUGGUGGACAAAAAUCUGGUAAAUACAAUGUGGGUUAUGAUGAAGUAGUCUGUUUUGGCAGGAAGAAUAAAAGAGAAGUAUAUUAUCUAAAUGGAUCGGGGUUAUCCUUGUGCAUGAAAUUCAAACAGCUAUUAUGAGCUUACAGCAAGAAAUUAAGAAACCUAACGUAAUGUUAUAGUUUGAGUGAUAAUGGGAACUGCAGAUGCUGGAGAAUCCAAGAUAAU